GUCCUCUCAACCUUCAGAUCAGUGCAUUCCCACUAUGCUUUGCGAUGGUCUGACAAGUGGAUCCAAGAUGGCGUAGAAAGUAAAGCUAGAAGUUUUGUCCCUGAGUCAUGGCGGACAGGAGAGCGGAGAAGUCAUGUGAAGAAGCAAGCAGAUCGUUAGCCAAGCAGGAGUACGAGGCGGCAGUCAGCCAUAGCACGGAUGCCCUGGUGGUCCUUGCACCCCAAGCCCCACCCUCCGGUGCUCCAGUCCCACCAAGCCCUUCAUCCCUUGUCGCUGCCGCCGGACUCCUCCGCAGCCGUGCCCUGCUCUACCGAAUUGCUGCCUUCUUGCAGCUGAAAAACUAUGAUGAAGCAGAUGAAGACUGCAAACAUGUCUUGGCAGAAGAGAUUGCCAGGGGAGACGGUUCGCUACAGGCCAGCUUGCGCUCAAUGCUUAUGGAUGGCAGCCUGCAGGAGGUGGCCAACAUCCUCUCUAAAGCCUUGUAUGGAGAGCCAAUGAAUGGCAUUGUCACAAAAGACCUUACCAGAUUAAAAAUGCUCUUCUCAGAAAUAGAGGCGAUAAAUAGGGAGAUGGCACCAGAGUACACAGAUGACCAGGAAGAAGAGGUCCAAGAUGGCUGGCAGUUUCGGCCUCCUCCCCGAGGAGUCACCAGCAGUGAGGAGUACACCCUCUGUAAAAGGUACUUGGAGCAGGGUCUGUGUCGGUACGGGGCCCAGUGUACAUCAGCCCACUCUCAGGAGGAGCUGAUGGAGUGGCAAAAGCGCUAUGCGUCACGCCUCAUCCGCCUCAAACAGCAGCAGGAGAGCAAACACUUCACUGAGAACUACAUGGAGACCCUGAUAGAGAAGUGGAUGAAUUCCCUCUCCCCAGAGAAAGUGCUAAGUGACUAUUUAGAAGGAGUGAAUGUAGAAACCAGCUCCAGCCUCUCUGUUACCGUCACCACCAAAAUGUCCUCCCACUCCUGGACCUUCUCCUUCUUGUGCAAGCCGGCUAGAAAGCUGUACCGCAUCGCACUGCUCUAUGAUGCCCACCGACCACACUUCUUCAUCACAGGUGUAUCAGCUGGGGACCGACUUCAAGCCCUUCCCAAAGGCUGUCAAGAGUGGACUCCAGCAGAGGAAACAGCAGUAGCAGCAGACAAUGGCCUGGACCACUGUCUCUACAAGGUUGCAGUGGGAUUCAGCACAGAAAUCUUUGGUACCUUCCGACAGACCGUUGUUUUUGACUUCGGCUCAGAACCUGUGCUGAUGCAGCGGAUCAUGGUGGAUGCUGCCUCUAUUGAAGACCUUGAACACCUGAUGGCAGCCAGGCAGCAGCUCUUGAUCACUGCAAAGCGCUGGGACUCUUCCUGUAAGACCAUCGUAGAAUUCACACCAAAUGAAACGAUGGCAGAACUGGAACGUGGCCUUCUUUCCCGCUAUCAGAUCCCUCUGUCGGCUGACCAGCUCUUCACCCAGUCAGUCCUGGACAAGACUCUGACCAAAGACAACUACCAGGCCCGACUGCAUGACCUGCUCUACAUAGAAGAGAUUGCACAAUAUAAGGAAGUUAGCAAGUUUAACAUCAAAGUGAAUCUACAGCUGGUCACCAGCUUCAUGCUGACAGGCAUUUCUGUCGGAGCCAAGUAUGCCCAGAAUGGACAACUCUUUGCACGCUUCAAACUCACUGAAACACUUUCUGAGGACACAUUGGCUGGACGGCUAGUGAUGACCAAGGUAAAUUCAGUUCUGCUGCUGCCAUUUGGCCGUGAGGGGGUCAGCAGCCACCCGCCUCCUGGGGUCAAAGAGCGUGUUUACGAAGCUGUGAUCGAGGAGAAGACCAAGGACUACAUCUUCCUAAGGAUCUGUAAGGACUGCUGUGAGGAGCUGGGGCUGCUACCUGACAGAGAAUUACAGGUGGAGCUCCAGUUCCAGCUGAACAGGCUGCCACUCUGUGAGAUGCACUAUGCCCUGGAUCGCAUCAAAGAAAAUAACAUCCUUUUUCCGGACAUUGGCCUUGUCCCCACCAUCCCUUGGAGCCCUAACAGGCAGUGGGACGAGCAGCUGGAUCCCCGUCUGAAUGCCAAGCAGAAAGAGGCCAUCUUGGCCAUCACCACACCGGUCACUAUUCCCCUGCCCCCAAUCCUCAUCAUUGGGCCCUACGGCACCGGCAAGACCUUCACCCUGGCACAGGCUGUCAAGCACAUCCUCCGCCAGGACCAAAGCAGGGUCCUGAUCUGCACCCACUCCAACAGUGCGGCCGACCUUUACAUUAAGGACUACCUUCAUCCUUACGUCGAAGCAGGAAAUCCGCAUGCCAGACCUCUCAGGGUAUAUUUCAGGAACCGCUGGGUGAAGACAGUUCACCCACUGGUUCAGCAGUACUGUCUCAUCUCCAGCACACACAUCACUUUCCAGAUGCCCACAAGGGAGGACAUCCUCAGGCACCGCGUGGUGGUGGUGACCCUUAGCACCUCCCAAUACCUCUGCCAGCUUGACUUGGAGCCCGGGUUGUUCACUCAUAUCCUAUUGGACGAAGCGGCCCAGGCCAUGGAGUGUGAAACCAUCAUGCCUUUUGCUCUUGCUAGCAAGACCACCCGUGUUGUGCUGGCUGGAGACCAUAUGCAGCUCAGUCCAUUUGUGUACAGCGAGUUUGCGCGGGAGCGUAACCUGCAUGUGUCACUGCUGGACCGACUGUACGAGCACUACCCCCCUGAAUACCCUUGCCGCAUCCUCCUGUGCGAGAACUACCGCUCUCAUGAAGCUAUCAUCAACUACACGUCAGAAUUGUUUUAUGAUGGGAAGUUGAUGGCAAGUGGGAAGCAACCUUCCCAUAAGGACUUCUACCCUCUGACCUUCUUCACAGCCAGAGGAGAAGAUGUCCAGGAGAAGAACAGCACUGCCUACUACAACAACGCAGAGGUAUUUGAGAUUGUUGAGCGGGUGGAGGAGUUGCGCAAGAAGUGGCCAGUGGCCUGGGGCAAGCUAGACGAUUGCAGCAUUGGAGUGGUGUCACCAUACGCCGACCAGGUGUUCCGCAUUCGUGCUGAGCUCCGAAAGAAGAGAAUGCAUGAGGUCAGCGUGGAAAGAGUGCUCAAUGUCCAAGGUAAACAGUUCCGGGUGCUGUUUCUCAGCACGGUGCGGACGCGGCAUACCUGCAAACACAAGCAGACGGCCAUCAAACGUAAAGAGCAGCUAGUUGAGGACUCAACAGAGGACCUUGACUAUGGAUUCCUCUCCAACUACAAGCUACUCAACACGGCCAUCACCAGAGCCCAGUCCCUGGUUGCAGUUGUGGGAGACCCCAUAGCACUGUGCUCUGUUGGGCGUUGCAGAAAAUUCUGGGAACACUUUAUCUCCAUUUGCCAUGAAAACACGAGCUUACAUGGCAUCACCUUUGAGCAGAUCAAAUCUCAGCUGGAGGCCCUGGAGCUCAAAAAGACCUACGUCCUCAACCCGUUGGCCCCAGAGUUUAUCCCUCGUGCCCUCAGGCCACUGCAAGGGCACCACUCUUCACAGGUCCUACAUCCCCACCACCAUCCACAUCCUCAACAUGCACAGCCAGUCUCCAGCAAGCAGGGUCCGCAACUGCAGCAGCAACAACAACAACAGCAGCAACAGCAACAGCAACAGCAGCAGCAGCAGUCACCCCCUAAGGGGAAACAUGCAAACCACGUAGAGCAUCUUCCACCUGAAGGAUAUGUCCAACCCAACCCAGCCGUGCUAAUGGGAAACCCUAUUCGGGCAUUCACACCGCCCUUGGGUAGCACACCUUCUGGCAUGGGCAAGUCACCCAGUCCUGUUCAGAGGAUAGAUCCUCAUACAGGCGCCAGUAUCCUCUACGUCCCAGCUGUGUAUGGUGGAAACAUGGUCAUGUCCAUGCCCCUGCCUUUGCCUUGGCCAGGUUACCAGAAUCGCUUUGCUGUGGACCCUCGUAUCAUGAGUCACCCAGCAGCCAUGGCCUACAACUUCAAUCUGUUGCAGGCCCAGAAUCGAGGCUCUCCCAUUCCUUACAGUGGAGUGGCCCCCCCUCUUGGAAUGGGCCAGCCCAGCCCUGACAAGGAGCUACAAGCAGACCCCAUCAGAAAUGGUAAAUUAGAGGGAUGCCCAAAGGCAGAACAGAGCCGUCUUCAGACACCAGAAAGGAAGAACGCAGACAUGAAAGAAAAACAGGGAGAAUUAGACACAGGCCAAAGUCGAAGUUUAGACUCGCAAGCAGAUGGGCUAGUUGGAUUUCCUAAUGCGCUACUCCAUCGAAAAGAUCCCUCAGCUGCCCAAAGACCUCUCAACUACCACCUGGCACCACCCAACCAAGCUUUUCCUCCUCAUCCUGCCAGUGGAAGAGCCUUCCCCCCACAGUAUCCGGUCUCCAGGCUUCCGUAUCGGGUCAGCCAGCCUCAACACCCAGGGAUGGCCCCACACAGUCAACAGCAACAGCUCAGCCCUGCAUACGCUGGUGGUAGCCACAACGCUUCCUUCUUUAGUGGUCCCAUACCCCCUCACAGGGCUGUCCAGUCUCCCACUUUGGAUGGUCCGGAGCCUGGAGUCGUGGAGGAGAUGAGUAGCUCUAUUAGAACUCCAGUGGGCCAUUCAGGAGGCCAGCACCCAGGCCUGUCGCAGCAUAACAGGGUCAACAGCUUUGGGGAGGACGGGCAGGAUGGAAGCCUGGGAGAUAGUUUGGACCUUCAGGGUUCAUUGGCUCUAGAGGCCCUGAGCCAGCAGCAGCAGGCAGCCAGACUGGGCCAGUGGGGGGAGGCUGCAGGCCCUUUUCUCCAGGGCAGCGUUGCCUUCCCUCUUCCCCAACAGAUUGCCCACCUUGCUCAGCCCGGCAUAGCUCGCUUCCCCCAUCAGCUGCUCAGGGCAGCUAGUUGGGGCCUUAGUGCCAAUAUGGAGGAGGAAGCCAUUACUUCUGCCUCAACUGGGCCACCUUUCACCAGUUUUCUUUUCCUUAUGCAGCCCCCACCUCAGUCUCGUCUCCUCCAGUACCGCCAGUCCCAGCCCCGUGCCUCAGGUGACCCUUUAUCCUCCUUAGCUGCCUCCUCCAAUCAUGCAGGCUCUUUCCCAUCAGGACCUUACUCCCACGACGCAGGCCGCGAUCUCCUUAACGACACCCUUCUCAAUAACCCAGCUCUGCAGCAACAGCACCCGGGGAACCCCCUGUAUAAUACUGGUAGCUACCCACAUCAGCCACAAGGGCACUCUGCCAGCCCCCCUCCCUCCCAGGUCAAAUACCUUUUGCAAGAGGCCCAGUGGCCUCAUGGUGGAGCUGCGUCAGUGAGCCAACCACAGCAGAACCACCUAUUAGGGAACCAGGGCCAUGGCCUUUCUUAUGGACUGCCCAUCAUGGCUCACCCUAACAGACAGGAGCAAGUCCACCUGAUGCAACUUCACCAUCAGCACCAGCAGCAGCAGCAGCAACACCAUCAGCAGCAGCAGCAGCAGCAGCAACAACAACAACAACACCACCAACAGAGUCAAGGUCCAGACCAGGAGUCCUACCACCCACUGUCCCCCAGAACAUCAGCAGCCACAUCCCUUCACAAUGUAGAUGAGUAUGAACCCAGAGGUCCAGGCCGGCCUCUCUAUCAACGCCGCAUCUCGUCUAGCUACCCAGAUGAAUCGUCUCCAGCCAACGCCCACAAUGCCCUUUCCCAGCAGUCCCAGCCCCAUACAUCAGACCCCCAGGACCACCCUCAUCCUCACAUUCAGCAUCAUCAGCACCCACAUGCCCCGUAUGGUUACCCCUCACAUGACCUCUGGCCCAGUAAUGGUGGGGGUCCCGGCCCGUUCCAGAACAUUCCAUGUAAUGGAGCCGGCACACUUGCUCAGCACCGGGACCUUCUGGCUUCCAAGGCCCUUCGUCAGACGGAGGAGCAGGUGAAAGCCGAGGCCACAGCAGCACAGCAGACACACCCACACGCCCUCAACUCCCUUCAGCACCUUGGACAGUUUCCUCCCCUCAUGCCCAAUAACAAACAGCAGCAGCAGCAGCAGCAGCCACCGCCGCCUCCGCCGCCACAGGCUCCCACAGAGGUCAGCCAGGGAGCUCCCAAUUUAAGCAAACCGCCCACCAUGUCCUAUGCCAGUGCCCUCCGCGCUCCACCCAAACCCCGAGCUGUUCGCCCUGAACAGGUCAAAAAGAACAGCGACCCUCUCUCCCUCCUUCAGGAGCUCAGUAUAGGAAGUUCAAAUGGUAGCAAUGGGUAUUAUUCCUACUUUAAAUGAGUGUCACCCCUCCCACAUAAGUAAGUGAUAAAAUAUAAAACUAAACAAAAAAAAGGCAAAACUGUUUUUAAAAACACAAAAAAUAUAGUGCAAAGUGCAUUUACAAAUUGUUUCUAUUAGUAGGUUUGUUUUCUGCAUUUUGUUUCAUUUUAACUUUUUAUUUGUAACAUUCAUCUUUUCUCCUGUUUCACAUAUCUGUGAAGAAAAUAAGUAUAUAUAAUGAAUGCAUUACUGUUAUAUAUACAUACUCAUUAUGUAUAUAUGAAUAUAUACUUAUAUUAUCUACACUUGUAUAUGUACGUAAUGCUAAAAAAAAGUUAUAAAAAGAAAUAAAAAAAGGCCAGAUUUGGUUGACCACUUAGCUACCUGCAUAUUUUUCCUUCUUGAAGUUGGUUUUGUUGGUUACUAAAUAAGUAUGUUGAAGUUUUUAUCAUUUUCUAUUCCUCAGUUUUGCGUGGACGUUACGUCUUGGUUUUCAUACUACUGUAAUUCUGGUAACGAACAAAAGCUGAGUGGUCAACUGACACAAACUAAAUGGAACAGUGUAUAGAAGUAGAUAAAUUUUCCUCUAAUCUGUAAAUAUAAAGAAAAUAAAAGACUGAAUUGUAUGCCACAGACAUGUCCUUAGAUUCCUGUAUCAUGCUAACAUUUGCAUUAUGAAUUAUUUUCCGUUUGUUGGCUUCUGAUCCUUAAUUCCUAGACAUCCUGGGAGUAUCUAGGAAUUAUCUUCAGUGAUUUAGUAGUAAAUGUGAUUUAUUUACUGAAAAAUAAUACAGAUAUUAAUUACUUAUUUUACUUUUUACCAUUUACUCAUCAGCAACAAUAGAUGAAAUGUCAAAAUAGCAACAACAAUGUCAUUCCCCCUAUUUGUUUUAAGGAUCAGAGACCAUCAGACAUCGCUUUCUAUGAUAAAAUAGUCCCAAACUGCUUCGCUUGUGGCCGAUGCUCAGUCAUUUUAUUUUAUUUCUUUUCUUUGUGUCAACAAAAAUCUUCACCACGGAAAUUGUUUCAAUAACUGCUGGGGAUAUGAAAUGUGUUUUUAUUUGUUGUCACUAAUUGACAUUGAGGGUUUUUUUAUUUUUGGAAAAGGUUGCAGUAUUAAGGUUUGUGAAAGUGAAGACAGAGUGGUGAGGUCAGACUGGUGUAUCAUGAUAGGUAAGUUGACACUGAGGAUGUGAUCAACACUGCCAGUCAGACGUUUUUGAACAAGCUAAAUGUUCAAUUUUGGUUAAAUCUGACUUAUAUUGAAACUAGAUUAAUAGCAUUUACCCUGGAUUUAGAAAAUAGAAAUCAGUAAAACACUGUUGUGGCCUUUUUAUUUGAUUUGAAAUGGCCUGAGUCUGGGUCAACAGCAUACUGUAUUAUUCCGAAUGUUGAUGCUGUCUAUGUUUUUAACAUACUGUUGGUCUCACAUGUGUUGUUUCAGUCAUAGUUUCCCAGUUUCUAGAUACCUUUUCAUAGAAGACCAUUUGCCAUUUUUUUCUGUAAAAUAAUUGUUUAAUUGAGUAAUGUGAACCUUAUAAUAAAUAAUCACGUAUCCCACCUAUAAGCUAAUUGGUCCCAUUUCAACCAAAAUCAUUGAUCACUGACUGUAAAAUUCAAAGUCUGAAGCAUCCUUAAUUGUUGUUUCCAAUUUCAGGGUAUUCAAAGCAAAGAAUCCCCCACAAAAAAAAAACACUCUUGAGCUUGAGAUUUAACCAAAAGAGUAACUCAGUUACUGUACAGUAAGCUGUUCAAAGACGUAUGCCUGUUGAUGUGUCUUUUUUUUUUUUAGACUGCAUAGUAAGAAUGAGUCAUUAAUGUCAUGUACGUUGUUCCUGGUCAUUUGGAGAACUGCAUUAUACACAUUUUCAGUCUGAUUUUAUGGAUACAUAAUUAUUAAAGCGGUAGAUUAAUCUCGUUCCCUUCAAUUUAAUUUAAAAAGUUCUGGGACUGUGCUUUACAUUUGUGACAUCCACAUUACUUUCUUCUCUCACAACCUGAAACACAUAAUGAACACAACACAGGAACAUUCAUGUUUGAAUUCCAGUCAGUGAGGUGCUUGUUAUUCGUUGACAUGCACAUGAAUUUCACUGCUAACAUGCUGAAGCCCCCCUGCAGGUGAAAUAUUUAAAAAAAUGCUGAUACUAUAUCUGCCAAGGUUGUUCCUCUUUAUGAUUAAAGCAGUGCUGGAGACGGUCAUCCAGUGCUCGGUCCUGUUAUAUGUAAUUCGUUUUAAUUGUUAAAACACCACUGCCCCAUUUGCAAAUUGAAAAAAUUGUAAUAAAAGUACCCUGCUGUUUCAUGGCUUUUAUGCGGCAGUUAGUCACUGUUAAAUCUCUUAAAAUGUCACUUCCUCAAAAAGCUAGUACCCAGCGGCUUAUGACUUAGAUGUUUUUUUUUUUUUUUAACAGUCAGUGGAGAGCUUUGUGGUUUUAUUUGUACGUUUUUAAGUUUUGACAUUGUAUUUCAAAGGUCCAGAUUUUUUGACUUGGCGGAGAACAACACAUACUUGUAAAUAUGCAUUUUCUAGGUAUUUACAAACACGAACUUUGGGAUCGCCUCAAUUUUGUAGAAGCUGUUCAAAGAAGAGGUAUGCCCUUUUUAAUUAUGCAAAUUCACAAAAUAAUAAUUAUAGAAAUGGACAACUACAACAACCCAGUUGGUAGUUGCGACAUCUUGUAACUUUUUAGAUUCUUCUUUUCUUUUUUUUAAGAAGGUGUCUGGCUGAUUUGACAAAGAGGAGAAUUUCUGUUGCAGCUGUUAUAAGACUACUUAUCUCACUGUACAAUACAUAUUUUUAAGUAUAUGUUGCUGGAUUUGUCCUGUUCUGUCUUCUCACUGCUAUACAACAAUCAACAUGGAUUUCUUUUUUCUUUUUUUCUAUGUGCAUGUUGAGAUGACUUGGCUGGUUUUUAUCCUUGUUUUUAUGAGUUUGUAUUGAUUUGUGGAUUUAAAAAAAAAGGAAGAAAAAAAGCUUUUGUUCAAUCUACAGAGUCAAAUUUUGGUAUAUUAUUUGAUGUGUACAAUAACUUGUGACAUUAUCAACAAAACUAUUAUGAUAUUUUACUAACAUGUCAAUCAAAUAUGUAAUGGUCAUGUACGUUCUUUUUUUCUGCGGUUGCUUAGCAUGGCUAGAGCUGAGGUUGCUCCCUUGUGUGUGUCGUAUUUACGAAGCUUUGGACAUGUUUGGGAAAUAAUUCUUUUCCCAAGCAGUCGUUGGCUAAUCUCUGAAGUUGUGCAAUACUAAUAUUUCACCGCUUCUUCAUUUUAAUUUAUUUUUGAAGCAGAAGAGAUUGAGCCAAAGACAUUUCAAAGGGAUUUUAUUUACAAAUUUCAUCAUUGCCAAUUUGUUUUUAAGGCUUCAUUUUUGUCUUUUUUUUUCUCCAAAAUGAGUUUGACAGGAUCUUAGCAAUGCAACUAAGGGUCUUAAGUCUUGUAAUUAAGUUGGAUUUGAAAGGUUUUCACCACCCAAUAUUGCAUCAUGAAUCAUCAAAUACAUUUUUAUUUCAUUUUUUAUGUUUUUUAAAGAUUCUGUGUUGCCUUUAAAUAAAAAGCAUCUUGUGUGUGUGGCGCAUGGAAAGGGAGCAACCUUUUGCCCAGCCAGUAGAGAGCACUGUGUUCAGCCUUCUAUAAACGCCACAUCUCUUCCUGUUAUCUGUUUGCUCUCCUCUGUUCUUCCCUCGCUGCAGUGAAUCAAUGGCACACCUGUUCUCCCAGCCUCCCAGUCCCAUUGGUUCCUCCCUCGUGGGUACAAAAUAAUGAAUAGAUCUGUUUUACUCUUCUUCAUUUCAAUUGGUGGUGGUUAUAAUAAAGGUUUUAGACUGUG